AGAACCACGUCAAAGAUGUUGCAGCUCACAAUACUGCGCUCGGUUCUAAAUAUCCUGGGCUUUGCUGCGGUUGUGGUGCAAGGUGAGACAAGUGAGAGCGCCAGGAGCUACGUAACAUGUAUGACUGACAAGCUGCACUUGCUGGCGAUGGAGAGGCAGCUCAUGGUCAAUCUUCACGAAUACAUCGACAAGCUGCAGGAGAAGGUUCAUACGCUGAGGAGGCUGGCCGAGGUGCUGGAAAGUUCCCUGCAGGCAGCCGAGGGCCGUGAGCAGGAGUUUCUCUCCAAUCCCUUGCACACCUACACGCUCAUACGUCACAUGCACGCGGACUGGAUUCAGCUGGAAAGGUCCAUGCAGCAGCCGGUCGGUCAGGAACAAAUUGAUUUUAUCAAAGAAAUGCAACCCGAGCUACCGCUGCACAGCGAUCUGAUGGAGGUAACGGCAGCCAUGCACCGAGUACAGCAGACCUAUGAAAUGGAACCGGCAGACAUGUCCAAGGGCCUGCUCGAUGGAGUGCAGCUAAAUGCGAGUCUUUCGAUCCUCGACUGCUAUGAGAUGGGCGCUCUGCUCUUUCGAGCGGCUGAGUUUGAAGAUGCGUCCAAAUGGUUGCGAACGGCCCGACAGCUGUGGAAUCAGUCGCAGUCCGACCUUUAUGUGCUACUGAACGUGUCGCGAAGCGAUAUAUCCUCACUCCUGGCCAGAUCGCUCAUUGCAAACGGUAACUUUGUCCAUGCUCGAGAUCUGUUGAUCGAAGAGCCCGAGUUGUGGGCUCGAAAGGAGGAGUUUUUUGCGGAGUAUUGGAAUCAUAGAAAAUCGGCAGGCGAUAUAGAUAGAUAUAUCGGAAGAUUGGAAGAACCGUUUGCCAAACUCUGUGGCUCCUCCCACAAUCCGAAACCAACUCAACUGACAUGCUAUUACAAAACGAAUCCGUCCGAGUUUUUGCGUCUGGCGCCCUUCAAAAUGGAACUGUUGUCCAAGGAUCCUUACGUAGUCGUUUUCCAUGAUGUGAUCUACGAUUCGGAGAUCGCCGGACUGAUCCGUGUCGGAGAACCAACGCUCAAACGCACAGCUGUUCAAAACAUCACCCAAAAUGUGGAUACUUACAUAUCAAAGGAUCGUACGGCGACCGGUUCUUGGUUAUUGAACGGAAAUCUGACUAAGCUGGAAAGGAAUAUGAUUUGGCGAAUUCAGAAGCGGAUCGAGGACAUGACUGGACUGCUAAUAACCGGUUUUUCUGAACAAGAUUUGCAGCUCUUAAAUUAUGUUUUCGGCGGACAUUAUCAGUUGCAUUAUGACUUCUUCAACUGCCCGGCAUUCCCCCACGAUCGUAUUGCUACCACGUUAAUCUAUCUCAAUGAUGUGGCUAAGGGCGGAGCCACUGUCUUUCCCAGAUUGGACCUGGUGGUGCAGCCGGAACGGGGCAAGGUGCUCCAUUGGUACAACAUGUUGCCUGCAACUUUUGACUAUGAUCGGCGCUCUCUUCACGGCGGUUGCCCAGUUCUGAUCGGCGAGAAAUUAGCCCUCACGAACUGGAUUUACGAGUGGGAUCAAAUUUUCAGGAAGCCUUGCUUGCAACCACCCGUGAAUCGCACAUACUACUUCGAUGUUACAGAUUAAACUUUUUAAUAAUAGAUUACAAAUUUAAUCUUUGGUAAAAAUAAGUUCAAUAGUAUCCUA